GUUAACUACAUCAAAUUCAGCAACUCAGGAUGAGGAGGAGGAGCCGGGCUCCAGCUCAGGUGGAGGCAGUGAUGCCGAGCGAUUGUGAAGAAUAUCCUGACAGCAUCCUGGAAGCUGCAUCACAGUGAGUCGGACUUCUGAAUCAAGCAGCUCAUAACAGUGAAUGUAUGUGAGGAGCACUGCCUUAUUCCUGUAACAAGAGAACUAUUUUGUGACAAGUGAAGCUGGGAAUGUGAAAGGAGGAAUAUCCUGUGGCUGUUUUAAAAGAAGAAGGACUUCCCUGCAUGACUUGGUGAUGCACGAGAAAAUAACUUUCAGAAGAGUGCCGCUGCAUUGUUCCUGAGGAAGUCUGUGUUUUUAACCUAUGGCAUUUCUUCAAAAGGUGUGACAACAAAGGCUGACAAGCGACUCUCCGAAAUGCCUAUACUUUAAAAAAGACUUUUGACAAUGUUAACCUUGUAUCAGGACGACCUUGGAAGCCUGUUGGGUGGAUUCAUUCCUGCAUUAUUCCUUUCAUUAUUUCAGACUCUAGGAUUUAAACUCAUCUUGAUGUGUUAGAGGUAUUUUGAAACAAAAUCAUUUUACAACCUACCCAAUGGCCCCUAUGCUAAUUGAGUACUUGCUCAAAAUAGAAUGCAGAAAUAGAAGAGACAUUUAAAAAAACAUAUGGCUGCUACAUAACUGCAAAAAAUGCAAACCAGUUGAUCCUUAAGAAACAGCCUUUCUGAGGAGGACAAACAACCCACAGAAGCUUUUCUUCUCUUGGCAAUUGCUUUUUUUCUUUUUGCAGCUUUAAUUUUUUAUUGUGCAAGGUAAUAAAUCCAUUUUCCCUAGAAGUGCCUUGUGUCUACAAAAAGUUGUUUGAGACCACCAGAGGAUGCUAAUGGUGACCUUUCUCCACCUCCGCUGUAGCUUAUUCUCCUCCCUCACCCCUUAAAACUGAGGUGUGUCAUUGCUCACUGAGGCUGAUGAAGAGACUUGAGUCCUUUCUGGGAUGCUCAGCUGUGACAGAAGCACUGCCACCGUCUCCCGAAGCUGAUUCUGAGACUCUCAGGUGCAGAGUUUAACAGAUGCUGGCAGGGCACCGGCUUGCUGUAGCCCAGGCUGCAGGUUCCCUCAAUUCCAAGCCAUGAACGAAUCCAGGUGGACUGAAUGGAGGAUCCUAAACCUGAGCAGUGGCCCUGUGAAUGUGUCUGAGCGUCACUCCUGCCCACUCGGAUUUGGCCACUACAGUGCAGUGGACAUCUGCGUCUUUGAGACAGUUGUUAUUGUCCUGCUGACAUUUCUGAUCAUUGCUGGGAAUUUAACAGUCAUCUUUGUCUUUCACUGUGCUCCACUCUUACACCAUUAUACCACCAGCUACUUCAUCCAGACGAUGGCAUAUGCUGAUCUUUUCGUUGGAGUUAGCUGCUUGGUUCCUACUCUCUCACUUCUCCACUACUCCACAGGUAUCCACGAGUCACUGACUUGCCAGGUGUUUGGAUAUAUUAUCUCUGUUCUCAAAAGUGUUUCUAUGGCAUGUCUUGCUUGCAUAAGUGUGGAUCGUUAUCUUGCAAUCACCAAGCCUCUCUCCUACAAUCAACUGGUCACCCCUUGUCGGCUGAGAAUUUGCAUUAUUUUAAUCUGGAUCUACUCCUGCCUAAUUUUCUUGCCUUCUUUCUUUGGCUGGGGGAAACCUGGUUACCACGGUGACAUUUUUGAAUGGUGUGCCACCUCUUGGCUCACCAGUGCCUAUUUUACAGGCUUUAUUGUUUGUUUACUUUAUGCUCCUGCUGCCUUUGUUGUCUGCUUCACUUACUUCCACAUUUUCAAAAUUUGCCGGCAGCACACCAAAGAGAUACAUGACCGGAGGGCCCGGUUCCCGAGCAAUGAGGUGGAUGCCCCUGGAGAGACUGGACACAGCCCCGACCGUCGCUACGCCAUGGUCCUGUUUCGGAUAACCAGCGUAUUUUACAUGCUGUGGCUCCCCUAUAUUAUUUACUUUCUUUUGGAAAGCUCCCGGGUCUUAGACAAUCCAACGCUGUCCUUCCUAACAACCUGGCUUGCUAUAAGUAAUAGUUUUUGUAACUGUGUGAUAUACAGCCUUUCCAACAGUGUUUUCCGGCUAGGCCUCCGAAGGCUUUCCGAGACAAUGUGCACGUCUUGUAUGUGUCUGAAGGAGCAGGACACGCGAGACCCCAAACCCAGGAAACGGGCCAAUUCCUGCUCCAUUUGAAGAGAACUGCCCAGUAAAUCAAGUGUAAUGGAUAGUGGUUUGUGUUCAUAGUCUUGAUUCAUCUGGAAAUUUGCCACUAGAGAAAUAUUUACUUGAAUAGUAAUAUGAGAUGAAGGGACUAAAGGUUUCAUUUUUUUCUCUUUUUUUCAUGGAGGAAAAAACUAAAGGAAAGGAUGUAUAGAGAGUAAUCUCAUGAGAUAAAUAUAGCAUGUGAGUAUCAAUAUGCAGUAGUGGGAAAAAUUAAGCACUGAGGAUGACAAAAGUAAGUCAGAUAUUCCACAGGAUGCGAGCCAAGCCCCUCGGUGUCUUUCUCUCUGAUUGAACUCUGUCCUCUGUCUUUGUCUCUGAUUCUUGUCUCUUUACUCUCAUUGUCUUUGUGGAAAUUACUUGCAUCAAUUUUCCUCUAUAGAAAAUUGCUACAUAUUAUAUAUGUGGCAAAGUAUAAUCUUUGGCAUCAAAGUGUACUUUUAAACACACUGAUCUGAAAUCCGUAAGUGGUCUCUCAUGGAUGUAUAGUAAGCAUUGUAUGUUAGUACCUGCCACACAACCCUUUUUGCUUGUGUUUUUAUAAUCUCCACAGCACACAUUUUCUGCCAUGAGCAAAAAGAAACAGUGUUUUUCUUUUAACAGGGUAAAAUGAUGCUCCCCUCCCCUGUAUUCCUGCUGUAUUUC